UCUCUCCUAGGUGUGUCGAUUGCCGCGACGCCCACAGGACGCGUGCGGAAGCUAUGAUCCGUCUACCUGGCACACCUUCGUGCAGCUAUUUUCGUUGCAGAAGCAUCGCUGCGUUUGGUCAAAAAGUUCUAGUACAGCGGCUCUCAUGCGUUGUUAUUGCGAUUGUGACGCUAAAUCUCGUACUCAAAAGAUAUGAUGCGCCUCUUUUACGACACCUCAUGGAUAGUAUUGCGGCGCAAGAAUAUGUUAAUUUGACAAGCUCUGCAACUUCAGCGACGAACGGCGGCACCAAGUACACCACAGCCGCAGCUGGUAUCAGUGGGACAGCGAAGGCAACCACGACUUAUUCCUACUUAAUAUCAAAAGACACAGUCGCUUGCAGCCCCUCGAGUGGCCGCAACGACACGCUGGCUCUCGUAGCAGUGUUCACAGCGAGCGACCACUUCGAGCAUCGUUCUACCGUGCGAAGCACCUGGGGCGGCGCCCUGACCAAAAUGCCCGGCCUCAAAGUGCUCUUUAUGCUUGGCAGACCUGGGAGCGACCCCGUUCAGGAGCGCAUCGUUCAGGAGGACGGCACGCAUGAGGACAUUGUGCAGGGCAACUUCGUCGACACGUACAAGAACCUGACUCUCAAGUCUCUUAUGAUGCUGACCUGGGUCACGCGCUUCUGUCCGAAUGCCAAGUUCGUGCUUAAGAUUGACGACGACGUGUUGCUCAAUGUCUGGGAUUUUGUCGCCACCCUGAGCCGUCUGUCAGCCGUCGAACAGCAGCCAACCAUAUGGGGAAGAGUGUGGACACAGUCGCGGCCGUCGCGUAAAACGGUGGGGCGAUACGGCAAGUGGUACGUCCCAAAGUCGAUGUAUCCGAGUGCAACGUAUCCUGAUUAUGUCAAUGGGCCAGCUUACCUUAUCUCAGGUGACUCUAUAUCGCUUUUGCUUCGAAGCGCCAGACUCGUCCCAUACUUCUUUAUUGAAGACGUCUACAUAACGGGGCUGCUGGCCGACAAGGCUGGUGUUCGUCGUGUGAAUGACAACGGGUACGCACCCGGUCGCAAGCAUUAUAUUCGCCCCUGCCAAAGGCCAAGGAUUCUGGCGAGCCAUGGUUGGAAUCCACGGAACCUGCGCCUUGCGUGGAGAAAGAUGAUUCGCAGGAUCAACAGAAAACGGUGCAGGUCACUGGGGCUAAACCCUUGACAGGAAGGUUCUGAUGUGUGUCAAUGUGCUUGGCGGAGUGUGUAGCGUUCAGGCAGAAGGGCUGCAAACACUUCGGGGCCGACGGAUUUGUGACGGAUUUCAAAUAUGUCAAAUGGAGUUUUAAGCAAGGCCAAGUGAAGCUAGCAAAUUACGAACUAAAGCCACAAUAGCCAAUAAAAUGGAAGCUCAGAGCGUUGAAGAACUGGAAGAUUCGGCAAGGCUGUAUGUUUCCAGUGUACCGAGUUGGAAGUCAGCAAACUUUGACUCUUUGCCCACCCGUUGUUUCUCAAGCCUGUGUGUGCUGUGAACCUUGAA